AAACAUUUUGAACAACUUUAGAUUGCCGCCAUAUAUUUCUCCGAGGAGUAAAAAGCCAUUCCGGCCGAAUGAUAAUUUGCCUUCCUUUUGAAUGACUGCAGUGAUCUCAAAUAUGGAUUCGAAGUUGGUCAUAAGGCGUAGAGGCACGCCGAUCCCUGUCGCUUCUCCUCGAAUCCCAACUCCGAUGCCUUUAAACAACAACAACGGUCCCAGGUCGAAUUCAAAAGACGAGGAUCCGGCGGCUAAGAAUCAUCCCCCGUCAGUUGGUCCCGACAUCCCGAAACUUAUCACAAAAUCUCCGUACAAGCUACUGGAUAACGACGUGAAAACGGCCUGGAUCAAUCCGCGAUUAAUCUCAAAGAUUGAUAUGGAAAUAAUAAAAAAGACGGAUUACGUGCCCCCCUAUGAAAGGAACAUGAAUGGCCGCCGCUACGCUGUCGGUCCUUCGCCGCUUUACCAGAAGCAAACCACUUGCGGAAGAGUGCACGACAGAGGAGAGUGGGAGAGCCCAGUCAAUGGUCGUAAGCCGACGACGACAACAGUGCCUGCCCCAACAUUGACGUCGACGGACGGGAAACGGAAACCGAAAACUACCCCUGCGACGAUGGAACUGCAACAACCGCUGGGCAGAAACAAUAACGGCGGGAAAACGCAAAAGAGCAGAUUGCCGUUACACCACAACAACCAUCGCGUGGCGGUCAAAAAUGGUGGCGCGGUGGCGGAUCCUCAAAACCAAACCAAACCGCGUGGUGGUGUUGGUGGUGGUGUCGCUUCGUAUCAACAGAGUGCGUGUUACGUCGCCGCCGGUACCAGUGUAUACGGAGUGUUCGCGGAAACCAAGUAUGUGUACGCUGCGGUCGGUGGGAUUCCCAACGCUCAACAGGCGCAGGCUUCGGCUGCAGCGGCGUUUUUUGCAAGGGCGGCGCAAAAACUGAACCUUUCUUCGUCGCCACAUCGCAGGAGGCGAUAUAAUUCAGACGAAGCUGACAGCGGCGGUUUUUGCGGCGUACUUCAGAGAUCGCCGCCUCCCGUCCCUCCCGCCCUUUUGCGUCGGAUAGGCGUGAAAGAAGUCACAGGUGUCGGAAAGGUGAAAGUAAUGUUGCGAGUAUCGAAUCCAACCAACAGUACUUGUAUGGAACCCAGUAGUUCUAACAGCUUUUUCACUCUGGAUAAGCGGAAAAAACAAGUAACGCUACUGGAUCCCACCCUCUACGGCAGUUCUUCGGCACCGGAAGACAGGCGGGUUGGGGUGGCUGCGCCCAAAAUGUUCGCGUUCGAUGCUAUAUUUUCGCAGGACGACUCGCAGACGGAGGUGUGUUCAAGCGCUCUCACUGACGUCAUCCACGCCGUCAUCAACGGCACAGACGGUUGUUUAUUUUGUUUCGGACACGCCGGUUUAGGUAAAUCGUAUACUAUGUUAGGAACGCCAGACAGUGCCAAUACGCUGGGGGUGAUCCCGUGCGCAAUCUCCUGGUUAUUUAAGGGUAUAAACGAACAAAAACAGAAGACUGGUGCUAGAUUUUCCGUCAGGGUGUCCGCGGUCGAGGUGUCCGGCCCCACUAAUCAACUUAGGGACUUACUGGCUGGAUAUUCGAACGAUUCCGAACAAUCCCCGGGACUGUAUCUGAGAGAUGACCCGUUGUUCGGAAACCAACCCCCCCACUGCGAGCUGAGGGUGCCGACCGCAGAAAAGGCCGCCCAUUACCUGGACGCCGCUGUAGAGAAUAGGGCGCCCGCAAACAGAGAUUCUCACCUGCUUUUCACCCUUCACGUCUACCAGUACAGCGUGGCCGGCAAGGGAGGGGUGGCGGGUGGUCGUAGCCGACUCCACCUUAUCGACUUGGGCAACUCAGAACGUGGCAAAGCGAGCGGCGGCAUGCCCCUGUCCGGCGUCGGUAAUAUCCUGCUCGCCAUCUUCAACGGCCAGAAGCAUCUUCCGUACAAAGAACACAAACUGACACACCUGCUGAAAGACUGCCUCAGUUCGCUAACGUGUCACGCGGCCAUGAUCGUCCACGUGUCGCCUUUCGCGCAGAACUAUGCGGAAACGUUGACGACCGUGCAGCUAGCUUCAAGGAUACACCGAAUGAGACGUAGAAAAAUUAAAUUCGUGUCGACGGGCACCGGAAACGGAUCCGGAGGAUCAUCCGGAGAGGAAGCCGCCAGAACCACGGGCACCAGCAGCGAACCAGAUCCGUCCAGCAGCGAUUUAUCGGCGGACACGGUCAUCUACGUCGGUAGGACGGAUGACGCCACCGACGGCGAACAUCCGCCCGUAUAUAUUCCUAGUUUGAACUCCGGGGACAACAGGUGCUCGAUGAGCAAAGCAUUGAGAGGUUCAUCGGCUGAGCAACGGCCCCCGAGACCCGCACUGAAGGGCGACGACAAAUCGCAAUCGUACAGGUCAUCUUCCAGCGCAAAACCGUGCCAAAGUAGUAAAACUUCCCCGGCCCACGCGGCCUCUCCCAAAUCGUCUCCCGGCAAAAUUCCGUCCGCGAAACCGAAACCCGAUGCCCUCAAACAUCCCCCUGCAAGCGGAGGAAGCGACGAGCAAUGGAUCGAUGGUCCGAGAAUAUCGAAAUCGAAAGUGGCAGAAGCCAGACACCUGAUGAAGGAACCCUGCCACAUUAAAAAACGAGAAACCUGGGUGGACGGUCCGAUGCAAGCUGAGGGCCAAGCGGUAGCGUACGGCUACAUGGAUAGUCACAAAAAGAACAUGAUCCGCAAAUGGGUCGAGCACCAAACGUCGCAGAUCCAGAAGACCAAGCACGUGCACAAGCACGUCAAAGAGGCGCCCAAGGAGCUGACUCAGUUCAAGAGUUACGAGGACGAUGAAGAGGUCGUGAGGCCGCUGAACUCGAAAAAGUCGGAAGUCGUCGAGGAAUCCGUGAUUAGAACUGGGUUAAAAUUGGCUAGCAAAAACAGUGACAGCGUGGCGGAGUGUUCAACGCCAGAAGAAGCGGAGGAAGAGGAGGACGAGCCGGAGAUUCCUCCGGCGUUGCCGUUGAUUCAGCCGUUAAGCAGCAGGGAAGUUUCAUUGGAGAGUUUGGAUAUGCUUCUCAAAGAGAGGAUGAUGUCCAACGCUGAAUACAACAGCUACCAAGGCAACAAUUACCAGGACGACGAGGACCUCUUAGAGAUAAUCGAAGUAGAAGUGCCCCUGGAACCCGUGCCUACCCAAGACUCCUGCCUGCAGGUGACCGAAGAGGAUAUUGCGCUUUGUAUGGGAUACGCCGAGAACCCCCUCCCCGAGGUGGAUCAGGAGAACCCCUUGGACCAUCCCCUGAGGAUACUGAGCCAGGAGAAUUUAACGGUGGUGUCGACGUUUACCGACUCGAUGUCGGUCUAUACGGACUUGGAGAGGAUACUGCCGAGGCAUAGGUACGACAGGUACGGGUAUGACGACUACGAAGACCCGGACAAUCCCGUCCCACAAAACGGCAACCUCGACGACACCACCAGGCGUAAAUUCGAUCAGUUGGCUCGCCUGCACGAACUCUACACCCACAGGCUAGCGAAAGCGAAUGUGGCGAACUCCGAGACGUAUCAACAGCAGAAGCACAACCAGCGGAUGUUGACCAGAUGCGAAUCGUUAACGCUAAAUGACAUGCUUUACGGCGGCAGAGGUGAUGGCCACGAUAACAGCAGCAUAUACAGCGAGCCGGCUUACGUACGCGAGAAAUUCUGCGAGAAUUGCAAAGUGAGCAUGAGCCGACCGUCGACCGCUCAGAACUGGUACGAAAACCCAUACCUGUCGGCCAGUUCGCAAGACUUGACGAGCUUCAGGGGUCGCUUCCAAAGGCACUGCCACAAAAAAGACGCUAAUCUGGCAUUUUUGAGGCACCCGGACGGCGCAUCGAAUCCGAAUUUACAAGAGAGCACUCGAGUACCGGGCAACGGGGCCGCGUCUCUCGAAAAGGUAGUAUGCGAAUCAACGAAUUUAAUCACUUCUCAGCCUGUAGCGCCCCCUAACAGUCUUCCUUCCAUAGAACGAAUACACAGGGUCAUCCUUAGCUUAGAAACGGGCACCCAAAAAAACGAGGGUUACGACAGUGGCCACGAGUCGACCCCGAGAACGUCUAAACACAGUCCCGCAGCGAUAUCGAGGCGCGCGGAAAGCGGCUACGAUAGCGUGGUCCGGGAUAGCGAGAGCUCUAGUAUAGACUCCGAACUGAGCAGGACGUCCCAUAUACAUCGCAGAAGCAAGUGCAAACACAAACACGAAAAGUCAUUUUGUUCGUGGUUUCUAAAUCCCUUCACUUGUAAAUACAUCGACGAACCGCCCGAGACUCACUUCUAA